UCAAGCGCAGGCCCCUCCCAAAACAAUAUCAGUCAUUCGUCUCACAGACUAUUUAAAGGGGAGAGACUACAGCACCAGCAGUCAGCGUCCACAGAGUCAUCAAAUCCACAUAGCCUAUUACACGGCUCAACCUGAGCUCAAGAUUCACCUCCACCAGCGCAGAAUGAUAGGAGUAGGUACAGUAGGUAUCCCCAGUGUUCAGACAUCAGCUCUACUAGAAAGUCAGCACUCUAACGAGCAGAAUGCGGGCUCAUCUAAACUUAUGUUGGCGUACAAAAGUGCCUUACAGCAUCUCGGCUCCGCGGGCAUUAAAACGGGUCUAGGAAUGCUCAAAAUAGUCUCAUCUCAAUGGAAAAAAGAGAAACAGACCUGCUUAGAUUCAGCACUGCGACUUCAGAAUGGCAACAACAGUCUCCAGUGCAAACGGUCUCCACUAGACCAUUUGGCUGCUCUGAUUCUUCAAAGCCAUGCGCAGCACAGACACAUUGCCCAAGAUCUCCGAGCAGAUUCCGCUGACUACAUAACAAAGCCACAGAACUGCAAGCGCAUAGUAGUUCUUGGUGCGCCACGCGUUGGCAAAACCUCCAUUUUAAGACGAUACCUUCGAGAUGGAUUUGUGGAAGAGUAUAAACCAACCUCUGAGGACUUUCUCCGAAAACUGUUCCGUAUACGCGGAGAGACUUACCAGAUUGACAUCUUAGAUGCGUCUAAGGAAAGAGACUUCCCCGCCAAACGAAGAUUAUCUAUCCUGACUGGAGACAUUUUCCUUCUGGUUUUCAGUGUAGAUGAUCACAGGUCUUUUGAAGAAGUGUGUGCUCUGCGAACUGAAAUACUCGCAGCAAAAUCCAAACAGCCAAAGUCGUGUUUAACAGAUCAGUGCGCACUUGUGCCCUUGGUGGUGUGCGCAAACAAAGUGGAUCUCCACGAGUCCGCGAGAAAGGUGUCUCCCACAGACAUUUAUCAAGAAUUUGGGAACGACUGUGCCUACUUUGAAACGUCCGCGAAAGACAGUACUAAUCUGGAGAAAGUCUUUGAAACACUCGCGAAGAGAGGUGGCCUCCCGGCAGAGACUGGUCCAUCCCAGCACCGCAAGGUCUCUCUCCGCUCAUAUCAAGCCAUGCGCGCAAGUCGUGCGCACUGGAAAGGGAACGCAGGGCCAGGGCGAGACGAUCCAUGCGGUGCGCUCUAUCCCUUGGCUCGUCGGCCUAGUUUCAGCACGGAUCUGAGACAUGUUAUUGGGCCGCAUACCACCGGGAAACACAACAAAGCACUUGAAAAAUGCCAGAUCCAAUGAGUUAUAAUGAAUAAAUGAAUAAAACCUCA